AUGGCUCUUAUUUACAGUCAUAAACUAGCAAGUAUAGGGGACAAGGAAAACCUUUAUAAUUUAGAAGCAAAGCUAAAAGAAGAACGGAAACAUGCAAGUACUACAUCAUUAUAUUAUGCUGGUCUAUUCCUAUCAUUUACUGCUAAAUAUGAGAAAGCAGCAGACUAUAUAAACAAGUGUCUAAGAAAAGAUCCAAAUUAUACAGACGCAGUAGUACUAAAGUCAUGGAAUGACAUGUAUCUAGAUGUGAAAAUGCACAUGUCAAUUCAAGAUUGCUUAGAACUAGUUUUAAGUAAAAAUGACAAAAAUGUUGAAGCAUUAUUAGGCUUAGCAAAACUAAAGUACCUUAUGAAGGAACAUGAUUUAUCUAAUUUAAUGUUGGACAAGUUAAUUAUUUAUUAUCCCAGAGAAGUAGUGCCUUUAAUAGAGAAGCUAAAAAAUGAGUUUGCGAUGCAGAAAUGGGAGGCAGUAAACGAUACAAUAGAAAGAGUCUUAUCUUUAGAACCAACAAACAGUGAAGCGCUAAAAAUUAAAGUCUUUAUCUCUUUAUGUAAAAAUUCUGAUUACAUUGAAACUGUCGAUCAGUUAAAUACAUUUUUUAAUGUCCUGGAAAAUGAAGAAACUCACAAUGCGUACCAGUUUUAUGACACUGCACAGAUAUUUUCUAAAGCCUGCGGUAGAUCCAGUACAGUCAUGUCUCAAGUGUUCAGAUUCGCACAGUAUGCGUCACAAAUGUACUCAAAUAAUGUUGACUAUUUGAGUGAAGUUGGAUACCAAUGUAUUUUACAAGGAAAAUAUAAAGAUGCCCUUAGUUUCUUCAAAGCGGCAAGCAAAAUUGAUAGUAAUUCUAUAACUGCACUAUGUGGCUUAACACUAUGCGAGAUGUAUGAACAUGGAGCCAGUGAUCAAGUGUCACAACAAGUUGAAUUACUCUUUGAAAUGCAAGGGAAUAAUAAAUUUCCCAUACUAUAUCUUUUGUCGGCACAGUUAAACAGCAAAAGUCCGAAUGCUAUUUCAUUUCUUAGUCAAGCAAUUGAGUCUCAAUUAAAAAUUGCUAGUACAUACCCUUAUAGUUUAGUAUACCUCAAGCACCUUGAUCCAGAGUUCUUGCUUCAAGUUUUUAAAGAAUACAAAAGACACUUGCCUAAAAAGCCAUUUGUUAUAACGAGUUACAUCCUCUACUCUCAAGAAGAUAAAAAUUCAUCUACAGACACAUGUUUUAAUGUCUUGAAAGCGAUUUGCAGUGCAUGUCCAGGUUUGGUGCCAGCUUUGUUUGAAUUAGCAAAACUAAAAUUUCAGUUUGGACAGCCAUUAGAAGGUGAAAAGUUGGCUUUACAAAUUGGAGAUUUAGAUAAUACUCAUGCAGGUAGCCAAGUACUGCUUACACAAAUAUUUAUACAGCUGCAACAGUUUUCUAAAGCUGCGCAGUGUCUAGAAAUGUGUUUGAGUUAUAAUUUUAAAGUGAGAGACAGUGCCAUGUAUCAUUUCCUGAAUGGUGUUAUUUUGAAAAGUUUUAAUCAGCCACAAGAUGCUCUGUCCUCCUUUUCCACGAGUAUCCAAAUUUUAACUAGCAAAAACAACAGUGGGAACAAACAGAUAGAUGCGGAAUUCAAUAUUAUUGAUAGGGCAACAUUAUACUUCCUUACCAUUGAAGUACAAUCUAUUCUGGGACAUUUUGGAGAUGCAGGAAAAACUAUGCAAGAAGCUAUUCAAGAGUUCUCUUACACAUCAGAAGAGAAUCGCUUGUUAAUAGCUCGCGCUGAUAUAGCUCUAGGAAAAGGUGAUAUAGACAAUGCCUUAGAUACGUUGAAUGAAGUCAAACCAGGACAACCCUAUUACUUCCAAGCUCAUAGUAAAAUGGCUCAUAUAUACCUGAAGGAGAAAAAGGACCGUGCGAUGUUUACAAAUUGUUUUAAAGAAAUUGUUACGAACCAUCCAAUGGCUGAUGCUCAUACAAUGAUGGGAGAUGCAUUUAUGUCUAUACAUGAGCCAGUUCAAGCAGCUGAAUCUUAUGAUAUAGCGUUCAAAGGGAAUCCAACAAACAUUCAAUUAGUAAAGAAACUUGGCAACGCUUUGAUGAAGAUGCACGAAUAUGAUAAAGCUAUUCAGCAUUAUGAAAAUGCUAUCAACCUCUGCAAUGACGACGAUCUUCGAUUUGAAUAUUUAGAGCUUCUCAUAAAGUUGAAACAAUAUGAUAAAGUGGAUUCAGUUAUUUCAUCGGAGCUUAACCAGCCGUACAAUAAAGACAAAGAUACGCCUACAUUGACGAGACGUAUAAAACUGCUCCUCAUUCAAGCCAAGAGCCGAGAGUUAAAGAACCCAACAGCUACGAAUACCAAUCUCAUUUUGACGGAGGCAAAAGACCUUCAAGGUGCAGUUCUGAAAAGAGUUGAAAUAGACUCAAAGGGAGAUUUACAAGAGGAGAAAGAGAAGUUGUCUCACAUUCUCUGUUUGUUAGCUAAGGUUAAAUCUGUAAAGGAACCAAUGACAGCUGCAAAUUUGCUAUCUGAAGCGCUUAUAUACUCUCCUAGAAACCCAGACACAUUAUUGGCUUUGUCCAAAUUGUAUGCCCAAAUGAACAAUCCUGAGAAGUGUGAACAAACAUGCAGUGUUCUCCUAAAUGCUGACCCAAAUAAUGAAUCUGCUGCUGUGAUGAUGGCUGACUUAGCUUUUAGAAAGGUGGACUUCGAUACUGCCCAACGGCAUUUAAGUCAAAUAUUAUCAGUGAAGCCAAAAAGUUGCGAAGCACUCGCACAGUUAAUUGAAGUGCAGUGGCGCAGAGGGAAACUCUCUGAAGUGGAAACAAUGAUGGAGCAGGCUAGACAGGUGAUGGAGAAACGAGAGGAUCCUGAAUACUCGUAUUGUGAAGGGUUGUACUCGGCGUAUUUGGGAAAAGUGAAUAGUGCGUUACGCCAGCUGAAUGUAGCUAGACGGUCUGCGCGCUGCGCGAGCGGUGCGGCAAAGCGGAUGGUGCUGCUCUGUCUCUCUCAGCAUGCGCACUCGGACACACUGCGAGAAGAUGACACCCGGAUUUUGGCUCUUCGAACUGCGGAGAAAUUAUUAGCAGAAGUUAAUCCUUCAGAACGAAAAGGCUUGCAGGCACUGCUUCAGUUGGCUUCGAAGCAAAAGUCAAAUGCGGAGCGGGUGUUACAAGAGCUUUUACCUUCUAUAAGCGAGGAAGGAGCACAUGAGGACCCUUAUCUUAUCUUAGCAAUUGCCAAUGCAUAUAACAUUGUGAAGCAACCGACUCGCGCGAAGAACAUAUUGAAAAGAACAAUUUCUUCUAUCCCAUGGACUCCUGAAAAAGCUGAUGGUUUAGAAAAGUGCUGGCUAGAAGUUGCAGACAUCCAAAUCGGUUCAGGUCGGACAGAGGCCGCUAAGGAGCUCCUCGCUAAAGUCCUUAUACAUAACAAGUCUUGCACUGCAGCUUACCAAUAUCUGGGCUAUCUCACUGAAAAGGAUCAGAACUACAAAGGUGCUGCACAAAACUAUGAACAGGCCUGGAUUCAUUCUGCGAAAAGCGACCUAAGUAUCGGCUAUAAACUGGCGUAUGCGAAUCUUAAACUGAAAAAAUAUCCGGAAUGUAUCGUCGUUUGUCGCCACAUCCUGAAGGUACAUCCGGAAUAUCCGAAAAUCAAAAAGGAAAUAUUUGAAAAGGCGAAAACUAAUUUAAGGACAUAA